AUGGGUGUUCUGUGGUUUUUGGCGCUGGUAGCUGUUGUGGUCGCGAAAAUUCAAAAUGAUCCAGCUGGACAACAGAUCGUUGAUUUUCAGAAAAGGACUGGGGGUCCCAUUGGAAUCAUGACGACCAGCGCUGGCGCUCCGAUCGAAUACAAAGACACAAACACUCUCAACAGUCGGCUUAUUUUCAAUGAGUUCUUCAUGGACUCUAUGACCCACUUAGUUCGGGAACGAAUCCCUGAACGUUUAGUCCAUGCUAAAGCAGGAGGAGCUUUUGGGUACUUCGAAGUGACCCACGACAUAUCACACCUCUGCAAAGCUAAAGUGUUCAGUCAAGUCGGUAAGAAGACCCCUGUAGCGGCCAGAUUCUCCCCCGUAGUCGUUGAAAGAGGAGGUAUCGAUACUUCUAGAGACGCUAGAGGAUAUGCGGUAAAGUUUUACACUGAAGAUGGCAAUUUCGACAUCGUAGGCUUCAACACACCCAUGUACGUCUACAAAGACCCAAUACUCUUCCCAACCUUCGUACGAGCACAGAAACGGAACCCAGCAACAAAUCUCAUCGACGGAAACAUGCUGUGGGACUUUUUAACUCUACGUCCAGAAAGUCUUCACAUGUUUUUACUAGUCUUCGGCGACCGUGGUGUUCCUGACGGCUAUAGACACAUGCCUGGAUUCGGUAUUCAUACUUACGAAGUGUCUAAUGCGCAUGGUGAUAAACAUUUUGUCAGGUUCCACUUUUACCCUGAUGCUGGAAUCAAGAAUCUGCGGUCAGAAGAGGCAAGACAGAUAGCCGCAGUAGACCCUGAUUACGCUACCAGAGAUUUGUUCAACGCUAUCGGCAAGGGAGAUUUUCCAUCAUGGUCAGUCCAAAUUCAAAUACUAACCCUAGAAGACGUGAAAAAUGCCGGAUUUGAUGUUUUCGAUGUUACAAGAGUGUUGCCAUUAGACAAGUAUCCGCUGCAUCCGUUGGGGAAAAUGGUUUUAAACAAGAAUCCUAUCAAUUACUUCGCUGAAAUCGAACAGCUGGCGUAUAGUCCUGCCAAUUUGGUCCCUGGUAUUCUAGGUGGGCCUGAUAAAGUCUUUGAAGCGCGUCGUCUAGCUUACAGAGACGCUCAGUACUACAGGUUGGGAGCAAACUUCAAUAAAAUUCCUGUAAACUGUCCUUUGCAGACAAAGGUCUUAACUUACAAUCGCGACGGAAGGCCACCACUGAAAGAUAACGACAGAGACUCUCCCAAUUUUUACCCUAACAGCUUUAAUGGUCCAGUGCCUUACAAAGACGAGAAGAGAGCGGAGUUGAUAGAGGUUUACCAGGACGAUCCAAAUAACUUUGCUCAAGCGAGAGAGUUGUACAUUAAUGAAAUGACUCCAGAGGAAAGGAGUAGAUUGGUGGAGAACAUUCUUUAUAGUAUAGGGCCGGCGGCGAAGAAACUUCAAGAGAGAGCAGUGAAGGUCUUUAGUUUGAUUCAUCCGGACUUAGGAGGCAGAAUAGAGCAAGGUCUGUUGGCAAAUAGAACGAAGAUUAUGGACAGAUAUAGACCAGUUAGUUACGACGAGUAUGAUUACUAGGU